CCCAGUGGCACCGCGACUGGCUCAGGGGCCUAGUGUCGUGUGCGCUGCGGGCCUCGAGCCGCCGCUUGCUCAGAGUCUGGGCGUUUCUGCGUGAGCGGCAGAGGAUGGGGCGGGACUUCCGCGUCGCCAUUGCCCUCUUCACUUCGCGGUGGGUGGGUUGCUUGGCAGGUGGCCGCUGGGACCAGGAGAUGCGGGCAGGGAAGUGCCGGGACUGUCACCGCAUCGCCGCACGCACUUUCCCCCCUCCGCUAAUGGCUCCUUCAUCCUGAGCCUCGGUUUCCCCAGAUGUAGAACGGAAGCAACGAGCCACCACACACCGCCUUCGUCCCGCGGCCCCGGGAUGCAGCUCCCAGUCCUUCGGUGCAUUCCAUACUGGGGAAGACUGAGGCCCUUAGUGUGGCCGUCAGCCCGCGGCCACCCCGGGCCGUGCGGGUCUGGGGGUUUGGUUGAGCCCUCGUUGUUUGUCGCUGUCGCCGCCUCGCACGGUCCCGCCCAACCCACAGACUGAGCAGGCCAGCAGCGUCGCUGAUGGACCCGGGGCAGGGGAUAAGGUCCGGAAGGGUGUCCCAAGCACAGGGACCAGCAUGUGCAAGUUUCUUGGAGACUCCCAGAUUGAGGUACCAAGUAUGCUUUAUAUCAAGUCCAGGCUGGAGACAUCCAAGGGAUGAAGACUUGUGUGUGGACAUUAUGUGUGGCUGUGGGUUGACCAGAGUGGUGAUCAAGCCUCUGACCAGAGAUUGGACCUGGGAUGACAAAAUGAAGCAUGAAAGUAACAGAAAUAGGGUGACAGUGGGGCCUGAGCCCAUCUAUUGGCCCCCUGGCUUAGCUGUCUCGUCAUCACAGAGCCCAGUGACCUUUGAAGAUGUGGCUGUGUAUUUUUCCAAGGAGGAGUGGGGGCUUCUUGAUGCAAGCCAGAGGCACCUGUACCACAAUGUGAUGCUGGAGAACUUUGAGCUCAUGACCUCACUUGGUUGUUGGCAUGGAGUGGAAGAUGAGGGGGCCCAUUCCAAGCAGAAUACUUCUGUAGAAGGGAUGUCACAGGUCAGGAUCCCCAGUGCAAACCCUUCCACCCAGAAGGCUGACACCUGUGCUAUGUGUGGCCCAUUCUUGAAAGACAUUUUGCACCUGAAUGAACAUCAGAGAAUAUAUCCCGAGGAGACCCUCUACACAUGUGGAACAUGUGGAAGAGAAUUUUGGUUCAGUGCAAACCUUCACCAGCACCAGAAGGAGCUCAGUGGAGAAAAGCCCUUCAGAUGGGACAAGGACGAGGAUUCAUUUGUGGAAAAUCUUACAGUCCGCCUAUCAGAGAAGCUCUUCACUUGUGGGGAAGGUGGUAAGGAUGCCUUGGACAGCCAUGACCUCUUCCAGCACCCAGCCAUUGACGGCAGCAGGAAGCCACAAAGGAGCACAGAGUGCAGGGAGACCUUUUCACACAGCUCUAAUCUUGAGCAGCUCACAAAAGUCCAUACCACACAGAAGCUAUUUAAGUGCAGCAACUGUGGAAAAGCCUUUCAGAAGACCUCCAGCCUCCUCAACCACCUGAGAACUCACUCUAAAGAGACACCCUUUAGAUGCCCAACAGUUGGAAAUUCCUUAGAGGAGAAAUCAACCCUUGUUAAUCUCCAAAGGUGUCAUGAUCGAGAAACAUGCCAUGUGUGUAAAGCAUGCGGGAAGACCUUCACUCACCCUUCUAAACUGAGGAAGCACCAGAAAUUUCACACUGGAGUAAAACAUUAUGAGUGCAGUGAUUGUCGGAAAACCUUCAACCACAAACUCACACUUGUUCAUCACCAGAGAAUUCACACAGGAGAAAGGCCUUAUGAGUGCAGUGAAUGCGGGAAAGCUUUUAAUAACAGGUCACACCUCACUCGGCAUGAGAAAGUUCACACUGGAGAAAGACCUUUUGAGUGCAGCAAAUGUGGAAGAGCCUUCAGCCAAAGCUCCAAUUUCCUUCGGCACCAGAAAGUUCACACUCAAGUGAGACCUUAUGAGUGCAAUCAAUGUGGUAAAGCCUUCAGCCGCAGCUCUGCCCUCAUUCAGCACUGGAGAGUUCACACUGGAGAAAGGCCUUACGAGUGCAGUAAGUGUGGAAGAGCUUUUAACAAUAACUCCAACCUUGCUCAGCACCAGAAAGUGCACACUGGAGAACGGCCUUUUGAGUGCAGUGAAUGUGGAAGAGACUUCAGCCAAAGCUCCCACCUCCUUCGACAUCAGAAAGUUCACACUGGAGAACGGCCUUUUGAGUGCACCGAAUGUGGGAAAGCCUUCGGCAAUAGCUCCACCCUCAUUCAGCACCAGAAAGUACAUACUGGGCAAAGGCCUUAUGAAUGCAGUGAAUGUAGAAAGGCCUUCAGCCGCAGCUCCAGCCUGAUUCAGCACUGGAGAAUUCAUACCGGGGAAAGGCCUUAUGAGUGCAGUGAAUGUGGGAAAGCCUUUGCACACAGUUCCAGUCUCAUUGAGCACUGGAGAGUUCACACAAGAGAAAGGCCUUAUGAGUGCAGUGAAUGUGGGAAAUUCUUUAGCCAGAACUCCAUUCUCAUUAAACAUCAGAAGGUUCACACUGGAGAAAGACCUUAUGAGUGCAGCGAAUGUGGGAAAUUCUUUAGCCGGAAGUCCAGCCUUGUUUAUCACUGGAGAGUUCACACUGGAGAAAGGCCUUAUGAAUGCAGUGAAUGUGGGAGAGCCUUUAGCAAUAACUCUCACCUGGUUCGUCACCAGAGAGUUCACACACAAGAAAGGCCCUAUGAGUGCAGCCAAUGUGGGAAAGCCUUUAGUGAAAGAUCUACACUUGUUCGACACCAGAUAGUUCACACCAGAGAAAGGACUUACGAGUGUGACCACUGUGGGAAAAUCUUCAGCCGCCUCUGCAAUCUUGCUCAGCAUAAAAGGAUUCAUACCUGAAUGUAGCCUUAUAGAGAUGGUCCUUCUGAGAAGAUCUUCAGCCAAGUCAAACUUCAUGUAGAAUACCCACAGAGAAGUUACCUGGAUGUACCACUAGUGUGGAGAAGGCUUCAGAAGGUGGUCUGCCCUGUCUGAGCAGCCCAGGGCUGAGCUCUCUCCCCUCUGGAGCAUAAAGCCCUUUCCAGCCUGCCUGGAUCCACAUAUUUUCAGCAGUCAUCUACAUAUGUAGGGAGAAAACAGCUCCUUGUGCCUCCCUUCCCCUUUCCUGGAGGGAAACAGGAUUGUCCUGGGCCCACUAGAAUGGCUUAAUUCCCAUUGCCUCUUAAAUGGUUAGGAAGUGAACUAACCCCAUGCUGGUCAAGGGGCCUUGCGGGAUGUCCAGUUUGGGCUUCUCAGAUACACAUUCCUCAUGGAUGUUGUCUUGUCUGCAUGUAACCCCAAUUAUGUAUCCAAUGAGCUCACACAUCACCCUCCCCUGGAACCACUUAUCUUGGUGUUCUCUAUUCUGCAUGAUAAU